AUGGGUCAUGAUAGACUCUUCAAUGAUUAUUUUUCUGACAAACCAGUUUAUCUAGAAAAUAUAUUUCAUCGAAGAUUUCGAAUGCGAAAAGAGUUAUUCCUCCGUAUAGUUGAAUCUCUUCAAAGUCAUUCAGAGUACUUUCAGAUGAGGGUUGAUGCCACUCGUAAAAGCAGACUUUCUCCGCUUCAAAAAUGCACUGCUGCGAUUCAUCAAUUAGCUUAUGGAGCUCCAGCAGACAGUUAUGAUGAGUACAUAAUGAUUGCUGAAACCAUUGCAAUCGUAUGUUUAUUCAACUUUUGUCGACGACGAAGUGGCUUUCCCGGGAUGCUCGGGAGUGUUAAUUGUAUGUCUGGAAAUGGAAAAAUUGUCCAAUUACAUGGAAAGGCCAAUUUACUCAAGGUGAUUAAGGAUCUCCAACCAUCAUGUUGGAGGCAGUUGCAUCUAUAUGCUCUAGAGGUUCAAUUUAUAGUAAAUGGAACACAAUAUUCCAAGGCGUAUUAUAUGGCUGAUGGAAUCUAUUGA